GCCAUCAGGUUAGGAAGCUAGCAAGAGAGCUAAGCUAGCGUCACGCUAGGCCUCCAGCAGACCAGCGGGAGAGCUACCAAGAUCAGACACUGCUAUUCGCAAGGAGACAAAUAUCCCUUUAUGAAUCUGCAUGAGAACAAUUAAAAUCCCAGAAAUAUGGUGGUUCUCAAAAUUCGAGACCAGCCUGCUUUGCUGAAAGCUAUUUUCAAUGUGGACCCAGAUGAAGUACGCUCACUGAUAUUCAAGAAAGAGGAUGUGAAUGCACAGGACAAUGAGAAGCGAACUCCGUUGCACGCUGCUGCUUACCUCGGAGAUGCAGAGAUUAUAGAGCUGCUGAUUCUUUCAGGUGCCAGAGUAAAUGCCAAAGAUAACAAGUGGCUCACUCCUCUGCACCGGGCCGUGGCCUCCUGCAGUGAGGAGGCUGUUCAGGUCUUGCUGAAACACUCUGCAGACGUAAACGCCCGAGACAAGAAUUGGCAAACGCCGCUUCACAUCGCCGCAGCAAACAAAGCUGUCCGCUGCGCCGAAGCCCUCGUCCCACUGCUCAGCAAUGUGAAUGUGUCCGAUAGAGCCGGCCGGAGUGCGCUGCACCAUGCAGCCUUCAGCGGGCACCUGGAGAUGGUGAGGCUCCUGCUCUCUAGAGGAGCAAACAUCAAUGCCUUUGACAAGAGGGACCGCCGUGCAAUCCACUGGGCAGCAUACAUGGGACACAUAGAGGUGGUAAAGCUGCUGUCAUCUCAUGGAGCCGAGGUGGCCUGCAAAGAUAAGAAAUCCUACACCCCUCUACAUGCAGCAGCCUCCAGUGGAAUGAUCAGCGUUGUUAAAUACCUCCUGGACUUGGGGGUGGAUAUCAAUGAGCCCAAUGCUUAUGGCAACACGCCCCUGCACGUGGCCUGCUACAACGGGCAGGAUGUGGUGGUGAACGAGCUCAUUGAGUGCGGCGCUAACGUCAACCACGUGAACGAAAAGGGCUUCACGCCGCUUCAUUUCACCGCCGCUUCACGCCACGGGGCGCUCUGUCUGGAGCUCCUAGUGUGCAAUGGGGCUGAUGUCAACAUCAAGGUAAAAGAAAAACACAAGAGAUGUUGCCCUUACUGGAUAUUCUUAAGAUGA